GAGACCCUGAAGAUCUCCAGCAUAAACUCGGACCCAUACUAUUUUCGGGGUUGGUGGAGCAUGGAAAAAGUCGACAGCGAUUCACGUCACUUUGUCACUGUUUCGUCUGUGUCGCCGUCUCAUCUUUUCGCUGUGCCCCGUGAAAAGCGCCACAUCCGCGACCCUCCAACAUUAUUCACUUCAUCGUCAAUACUAUUUCAAACAUCGGCCACUGUAGCCACCAACUCUCACACAGUUGCCAGUGGUUCUCUUCCUCCUCGUUCCUCCUCUCUUCCUAUCUCCUCUGCUCAACCUAGAUAUCUUUCUGCCCCGAUAUCGACAGCCAUCAUGGCGACCGCCGCACCCGCACCUGUCGACAUCGCGCAGACUCACCCGUACACCUGCAAUUCCUGCGCCGUCGCCUUUCGCAACAGCGAUGCCCAGCGGACUCAUAUGCGAAGUGACUGGCACCGAUACAAUCUUAAGAGAAGACUAGCCGAACUGCCUGCGGUGUCCUCGGAAGACUACAAUGAGAAAGUCCUUGCCGCACAAGCCACGAACAAAGCCGCCGCUGCUCAAGCCUCGUUUGCCAAAUCGUGCCCGACUUGCCAGAAGACGUACUACAGCGAGAAUGCAUACCAGAACCAUCUAGCCAGCAAAGCACAUCGAGCAAAAGAGUUGGCGGGCAACAAGAGUUCGAGAGCAGACUCGGUCUCUCAGUCAGCAGUGAGCCCCUCAGAACCACGGGAUCCGGAAGCCGAAGCCGAGUUUGAAAAGGUGGUUGCCGGAAUGAAAGAGACGUCGAUACAAGAACCUCCUGCUUCAAUACUACGCAGACCUUCGGCACCCCCGCCAGACGUCGAGCCGAAGGAGGAUCAUCCCAUGUCCCCGGAAAAGCCUGUGGUGUCCGCCAUUCCUUUGUCCAGAUGUCUCUUCUGCAACUACGACUCACCCAAUGUCAAACUCAGCGUCGCGCAUAUGACCAAGAUUCACGGCCUCUUUAUCCCUGAGCAGAACUAUCUGGUCGACCCCGAGGGACUUCUGCGAUAUAUGCAAGCCAAGAUUCACGAGAACUUUGAAUGUCUGUACUGCCACAAACUGCGCGGGAACGCCGAGGGCGUGCAGACUCACAUGCGGGACAAGGGACACUGCAAAAUUGCCUUUGAGACGGAAGAAGAAAUGAUUGAGGUCGGGCAAUUCUACGACUUCUCCAGCACAUAUUCAGACGACGGUGGGGACGAGUCAGAAACUGAGGCCAAGUCGAAACAAAACGGCGGUGUCAAAUUGAACGGUUGGGGAGAGGCCGAAGCAGAUGAUGGAUGGGAGACAGAUUCGUCCUUUUCAUCGCUCGACACCAAUGAUCUUGCCUCGGUCCCCAAUGAUGACCGCACAUCAUCAUAUCAACGUCUACCCAUGCAUCGUCACCAUUCCAACACUGAUCCGAGACCGCAUCGAACAGCCGAUGGGUUUCAUUCUCAUGCACAUCACCAUAACAAUGCAGUCUUCUACGACGAACACGAAAUGUAUCUUCCCAGUGGUCGCGUGGCGGGUCACCGAAACUUGCGGAAAUAUUACCGACAAAACCUGCAUUCGUACCCUACCGCGGCAGAAAGAAUGGAGCGAGCCCAGAGACUAAUUGAAGAAGGAAGUUCGGAUGCAGAGAUGGAGGACAUCGAUGAUAAUGACAUCCAGAUGCCCCCUGCCACUCCGCCUCGGAACAGCCUUAUGAGACGCGGCGAGGCUGGUAUGCUAGGUGCAUCUAAUCAGCAACGGAGAGAUGUGCGGUCUCAGGAAAUCCGAAGUCGAACAAAAGCACAACGUCAACAGAACCGCUAUCAGGCCAAACUGGAGAAACAGAACAAUUUCCAGAAACAUUUCAGAGAUCCAUUGCUCCAGUGAUUUCUGCAUGUCGAGAGUUUCUUUUCGUCUGCACGGGAUGGAGGGCGUCUUUCUUUCAGCGGGCACAGGAUUGCAUUGCACGGACCGGACUUUCCGCGGGGAGUUUUCUCGAGUGGCAUUCAACUUGCUAGGGAGGUGCAUCUAGAAGGUUAGACAAAAAAAAAACAAAAGAACCACAAGGAUGAAGCGUCGGCCGGGACCCGCAGCGCUGAUUCACGGGCGAAAGGCAGACUCUAUGGAUGGGAUGAACACCGCCGUGCAGGAAGGUCUAAUGGCAAGAAAGUCAAGGUUUCUAGGCCAAGCAGAGCCUGAGGGCGGCGAAUGUUCUAGUCGCUGAUAUGUUGUAUGAUUCUUUAACGCGCUUUAUGGCCAUCAGGGUCAGUCCGAGAAAGGGGGAAGCGUCUAGCCCCCAUCAAUACCUAGUAUCUGCACUGUUGCCAUUGUGUCUGUCGUUUCUUGGUUCCUUCCACCCAUUGUCUCUGUCGCUGCUGGCAAUCAAGUUAUCAUCACCAUACCGCAAGCCAGGCUCUGGUUGUGGCAUUUUAUCCCGG